AUGCGUUGCUCUCUCAUUUAUUUAUUUAAUCUUAGUACCCUUUUAUUUCAGGGAGGAAUAAUCUAUCUAUCUAUCUAUCUAUCUAUCUAUCUAUCUAUCUAUCUAUCUAUCUAUCUAUCUAUCUAUCUAUCUGUUAUGGUCCAGGUAUCAUAUGACACUAUCUAUCUAUCUAUCUAUCUAUCUAUUUUAGUGGAGAAAAAUAGUAAGAUGUUUACUUUCAUCAACCAAAGCUACCGUCUUUCUUUCUCGCUCUCUCUUUUUUCUUUCUUUUCUUCAAUUUUUUUUAUUGUUGUUUUUCGUAUAUUUUUAAAAAUUAAUCUUGCUCUUUCUUUCUUCCUUUAUAUUUCUUUAAUAUUUUAUGCUUCUUUCCCACAUUAUUUCUCAAUUUAUCUUUCUUUCUUUCGUUUAAUUUUUUCUUUUACGUUCUUUCUUUUUGCUUUCUUUCUUUCUUUCUUUCUUUCUUUCUUUCUUUCUUUCUUUCUUUCUUUCUUUCUUUCAUUCACGUCCCUUUUUUCGCUUAAUUCUUAUUUAUAUUUCUUCUCUUUUCUUCAUUUCCAUCUUUUUCUCCCUUUUCCUUCUAUUUUCCAUCCACAUUUUUCGUUCCUCCCUACCUUCCGUCUUUUUCCCUUCCUUCCUUCCUUCCUUCCUUCCUUCCUUCCUUCCUUCCUUCCUUCCUUCCUUCCUUAUCCCUCUUCCCUACCUCCCUUCCUUCCUUCCUUCCUUCCUUUCCUUCCUUCCUUCCUUCCUUCCUUCCUUCCUUCCUCCUCCCCUUCCCUUCCUUCCUUCCUUCCUUCCUUCCUUCCUUCCUUCCUUCCUUCCUUCCUCCUCCUCCCUUCCUUCCUUCCUUUCCUCCCUUCCUUCCUUCCUUCCUUCCUUCCUUCCUUCCUUCCUUCCUUCCUUUCCUUCCUUUCCUCCUCCUCCCCUCCUUCCUCCCUUCCUUCCUUCCUUCCUUCCUUCCUUCCUCCUCCCCUUCCUUCCUUCCUUCCUCCCUUCCUUCCUUCCUUCCUUCCUUCCUUCCUUCCUUUCCUUCCCUUCCUUCCUUCCUUCCUUCCUUCCUUCCUCCUUCCUUCCUUCCUUCCUUCCUUCCUUCCUUCCUUCCUUCCUUCCUUCCUUCCUUCCUUCCUUCCUUCCUUCCUUCCUUUUCCUUCCUUCCUUCCUUCCUUUUCCUUGCUUUUGUAUUUCUUUUUCUUUUAUUUUCUCUUUAUUAUCUAUUCCUUAUUUCUUCUUUCGUCGUUUUAUCCUCGGUUUUCAUUUCUUCCCUCAGUUUUUUGUUCGAUUUCUUUUGGGCCUUUUAACUUUGAUUCUCUUCCGUCCAACUGUUAUUUUAUUCUUCUAUUCUUUCCUGCUUUAUUUCCAUUAGUUUUUCAUGAUAUCAUUUAUUCUCACCUUUUCUUUCUUUUUUUCAUUCAUCGUUUCGCUGCACGCUAUCAUUUUCUCUAUUUCCGUUACUGCUUUCUCUUUUCUUUUUUCUUUUUUCCUUCCUUCCUUCCUUCCUUCCUUCCGCCUACAUUAGUAAUUUAUCCUUUCUUUCCAAUUAACUUACUGCUUUAUUUCUUUCUUUCUAACGACAUUAAAGUUUUCGUUAAUGAUUUCCCUUUUCGUUUUUUCUUUCCAACUACUUUCUUUCCUUCUUUCUUUCUUUUGAACAACAUUAAGGUUUUCGAUACUGAUAUCUUUCUUUCUUUCUUUCUUUCUUUCUUUCUUUCUUUCUUUCUUUCUUUUGCGACAUCCAAUCUAUACGGAACUACAUUAGUGGUUUGUCCUUUCUUUCUUUUUUUUCUUUUCUUUUCAAUUACCUUACUGCUUUCUUUCCUUCUUUCUUUCCUUCUUCAUUUCUUUCUUUCUUUUGAACAACAUUAA